GCUCGUUUCCUUGGUAACCGUUUAUGUUUGGGACACCGGUUGCUCUCCGAUGAUUAGUUUGUACAAUUGUUUAGGUAAAACAUGUUCGGAGCUCCUGUGGACUUCUCUUUUAAAGAUCUGUGCUCAGUAGAAGAUGUUCUAUCAGAAGAGCCCAAUAAGGGAGUGCACACACCUUGGAGAAACUCCGAGGGGAAGUUUGCUAGCCGCGUCCUCCGUCUCAACAACAACCUUUUAUCGAACAUGAACGGACUUACAGAGACGCUGUCUGCUUUAUUCACUGAGCCAAAACGACUCGCCUGGCUUGACCUGUCCUUCAACGACAUCACACACAUUCACCCGGUCCUGACUGAGCUGGUGGAGUUGCGUGUGUUGUAUCUGCAUGGUAACUCCGUAUGUAAUUUCUCUGAGGUGGACAAGCUCGGGGCAUUACCGCUCCUGCACACCAUCACACUACACGGAAACAUCAUCGAAACUGAGCAUGGCUACAGAAACUACGUCAUCACUGCCCUUCCUCAUCUGAAGAUGAUGGACUUCAGUGCCGUCACCAAACAGGAGCGAGUCAUGGCCUCCAUCUGGCACAGACCCAGGAGGAGCCGCAAACCCACCAAUCGCAGCACAGAAGACAUUUAGAGGAACUCAUUUGCAUGCAGAUAAUUAAAUAGUACACUAUACAGCCAAAUGUUUGUGCACCCCUGACCAUCACACCCAUAUGUGCUUCUUCCCCAAACUGUUACCACAAAGUUGGAAGCACACAAUUGUAUAGGAUGUAUUUGUGUGCUGUAGCUUUACAGUUUCCCUUCACUGGAACUAAGAGACUCAAACCUGUUCCAGCAUGACAAUGUCCCUGUGCACAAAGUGAGCUCCAUGAAGACAUGGUGUGUGAAGGUUGGAGUGGAAGAACUCGAGUGUCCUGCACAGAGCCCUGAUCUCAACCCCACUGAACACCUUUGGGAUGAACUGGAACUGGAGACUCCUUACCCAACAUCAGCGCCUGACCUCACUAAUGCUCUUGUAGCUGAAUGAACACAAAUCCCCACAGCCACGCUCCAACAUCUAGUGGAAAGACUUCCCAGAAGAGUGGAGCUCAUUAUAACAGCUGGAACGAGAUGUUCAACAAGCACAUAUGGGUGUGAUGGUCAGGGGUGCACAAACUUUUGGCCGUAUAAUGUAUGUAGUGUAAGAACACAGUGGAAGCUUUGAGAAAGAGCCAGAACGUCUUUAUGAUAUAACUCACAGGAAGCCAUUUUUUUUGUGGUUCAGCAAAUGAGUCCGUAUUUGUGAUUUAUUUCCAAUGCAGAGCUAAUAAAUAUUAAUAAAUAUUUCCAAAUAUACAACAUUUAAAGCACAUUCCAAACAAGAUUUCAGAAAUCUACCAAAAAAAAAAAAAACCCUCAGACUUGACGAGAAAUGUUUUUAAAACAGGAUUGUAUUCUGAAGUAAAAUAAAAUAAAAUUUUUUUUAUUUAGUUUUUGUAGACGUU